ACGACGUGAAUCAUAGCUCACGGGCAGCGACGCCAUGUUUGUUUGACUGAGUGGACUACGAGCGCUUGUUUUGGGUGGAGGAGGCGCUCUCUGGCUCCGCGGCCACGCAUCGCGGCACAAAUGUUUACCCACAAAUUCAAAACUAGACAGGUGCCGGACAGCCUGUGACAGAAGUAUGACUCCCGCGGCCCUGGGUGAGCCCUCGCCUGUUGUCCACUGUUGUUGCCACAGAAAGAUCUGGUUGCACUCGACAGCGUGCCGCCGCCGCCGUCGCCAGCACCCCCCAUGCAGCAGCUGGUCCGCUCCUCGCCCCUGGGCGCCCGUGACGGAGGAACGCCAUGAAUAGAUACACCACGCUCCGGCAGCUCGGCGACGGCACCUACGGCUCAGUGCUGCUCGGCCGCAGCCUAGAGUCCGGGGAGCUGGUGGCCAUUAAGAAAAUGAAGAGGAAGUUCUAUUCCUGGGAAGAAUGCAUGAAUCUUCGGGAGGUCAAGUCACUGAAGAAACUCAACCACGCCAACGUGGUCAAGCUGAAAGAGGUCAUUCGGGAAAAUGACCAUUUGUACUUUGUGUUUGAAUAUAUGAAAGAGAAUCUUUACCAACUGAUGAAGGACAGGAGUCGGCUGUUCCCUGAAUCUGCAGUGAGAAACAUUAUGUACCAGAUACUCCAGGGUCUGGCAUUUAUUCAUAAGCAUGGAUUUUUCCAUAGGGAUAUGAAACCCGAGAACCUCUUGUGCAUGGGCCCGGAGCUGGUGAAGAUCGCUGACUUUGGGUUGGCACGGGAGAUACGAUCGCGGCCUCCGUACACCGACUACGUUUCGACAAGAUGGUAUAGGGCUCCUGAGGUCCUCUUGAGGUCCACAAACUACAGCUCCCCCAUCGACCAGUGGGCUGUCGGUUGCAUCAUGGCCGAGCUUUACACCCUGAGGCCUCUGUUUCCUGGCUCCAGUGAGGUCGACACCAUUUUCAAAAUCUGCCAAGUACUGGGAACUCCAAAGAAGAAUGACUGGCUUGAGGGCUACCAGUUGGCAGCAGCUAUGAACUUCCGUUGGCCCCAGUGUGUCCCGAGCAACCUGCGCACUCUAAUCCCCAACGCCAGCAGCGAGGCCAUCCAUUUGAUGAGAGACCUCCUGCAGUGGGACCCCAAGAAGAGACCGACUGCCAGUCAGGCUCUUCGGUACUCAUACUUUUAUGUGGGCCAGGCACUGGGGACCCCCCAGCAGAUUCAGGAGCAGGGUAGGCCUCCACCUGCCCCCCUCCCCCCACAGCACCCCCCGCCCCCCCUGCAGCUACUCCAGCCAGCUCAACACUUGAAGCCCGUUCCUCCACCGCACCCCCCGCCCCAGAACCAGCACCACUCCCCAUCGCGACCCUUGCAGCAGAUUCAGCCAGGCCCCACAGCACUGUACCAGCGGCGGGACGAGAUCCUGCAGGAAGCUCGCGAGGAGGCCGAAGGACCCCCGCAGUCCCGAUUUCCCCUCAUUCACGACAAAGGGAUGCAACAGGAGUCGGAGAACGCAAACUUCGGCGACUAUCCAGCUAAGGCGAAAGGUGGCCGCCGACGAUGGGGGCUCGUCCCAGGGCCUCUGAGGGCUGACGAGUGGGAGGAUUACGAGGACAUGGAUACGUCCCCGGGAAACGUCCAAGGCCGACCGAAGCUCCCCGGUGACAACCCGAGGCAAAGGGAAGAGGCCCCGACCAGGUUUGGUGGUGUUCUGGACUUCAGCGGCACCAACGGAAGCAGCAUUGUAGGUUCCACAAACAUGAACAUCGUGCUGCCCUAUCAAGAUCCAGCUGUUUCCAGGACUGCGUCAGCCAAACAGCACUACUUGAAGCAAUCCCGAUAUUUACCAGGAUUAAGUGCAAAAAAGAAUGUGGCAAUAAACUCCAACAAGGAAUACAGCGGGAGCAAUCUGUGGGGCGGUGCUUUGCCAGUCGGAGGAACGCUGCCCACCCGAGGAACCCAGGGUGCCAACACUCUCCCAAGUGGAUACAUGCCCUCUUUUUACAAGAAAGACAUGGGCUCAGUAGGCCAGAGGGUCCAGCUAGCCCCUGUCACGGAUCUACCGGUGUCAAAUUAUGCAACGUGGAGAUCGAGCCGGAGUCAAAUCGGAGUCUCGUCCUAUAUCUCCUCGCCAACCAAGAGCACUCCGGGCCUGAGGCCCCGCCCCCCUAUACAGCCUGUCCACGGGCGCACGGACUGGUCUGCUAAGUACGGGCACCACUGACAGCUCCCCGUGGAUGGUCCUCAUGCAGACACUCCUGUUUUACACCGGUAUUUUCAUAUAAAGCGUGUACAUACAUACUGAUAUGCAGCAAUAAUCUGUUUUGUAUCUGUUUUUUGUAUAUAUAGUGUACAUGUGACACUUUUCUAUAUGGGCAAAUAUGCACUCUGCCAAAAUUGUUCAGUUAACUUGUGCAUUUUAGUCAAACAAUGCAAACUAUCGCAGGGCCAAUGCCAAAUGUCCUUUUUGUUCCAACAUGUAGCGCCAGUAGAUUCCUCCUCCCCUCCGUUAAUUUAAACCAGGGUUAAAAACGUGCUUGUUAAAGGAUGAUGUGAUUUGUUCUGUUAACACAUUUUUUUUUCGACACUUUGUGCGUAGUGGAAAAUGUCGCUGAUCUAAACGGGGUACGUACCAGUGACCUGAAUUUUUAUUUAAACCAUCAUUCUCUUCUGUUACAGUUUUUUUAUUAUUCUUUAUAUGUGUACUUGUUUGCAGAUGCAGGUCUCGUUUGUUAAUUUUCAUUAACCUGUGACAUGGUUCAUUUCAAUGUAACCAAAUAACUUUUCAAAUAUUGAGUUCAUGUGUUUUUAAAGACAUUAUUUAGCAGCUAGCUAGCCAAUGAAUGCUGUUAUUCUUUCCUUCCCAUUGCAAUAAAGUGUUCUGCCUACUGUAAUUCAAACAGUACUUGUGAUAUAAUCAACCUGGAAUUGUUUACAGGUGUUUUUUAUUCAACGAAGGCAAUUUAAGGUGUCAUUGGUUGAAACACUGCAAAUCCUCAGUUCCGAACUAAUCCGAAGCAACCAUUUUAUGCAUCCCCUCCCCAGCAUGAUCUUUUUCGAUAAAUGAUACCUAUCCCUCAGUAUACUAAGAUCUGGAAUUAUUUUGCAGUGAGGUUGGUCAUUUUGCUAUGUUUUACUCCAAUAAAUGUUAAU